AUGGUUGGUGAGCCGUACCACGGCGGUGACUUCAUGACGCUGACGCAACGUGCCAAAGAGCAGCAAGUGCCAAUGACUGAGAAUUGGUGGCGUGGCAUCUUCCGUCAGUGUGCCGAGGCCUUGGGUCAGGAAAUGGGACGGAAAGCCGCGCAUCACGGGGAACCGAACAUUAUGAUCAAGGGCAAUGACUUCCGCAAGCCAGAGGUGGUGGUCAUUGAUUUCGGCGUUUGCCGUGCCAUGGUCACCGCGUCCAAUGGCAUGCCUGGCGGCACGCCGGGAUACAUGCCACCUGAGACCAUCAAACAACGCAAGUGGUUUCCCAGAGGCGAUGUCUUCUGCUUGGGCGUGACCUUCAUCCAGGUGCUCCUCGACAAGAGUCCUCCCACCGGGCCCAGGACCACCACCACCCCAGGCGGGGAGAAUCGGAAUGGGAAGAUCUAUCCCAUGACGGAUCCAUGGUGCUGGUAG